AUGAAUGCAAAUAGUGAGGAAGGGAAACCAAUGAAUGUGCAGAUACAAGGAGCGGGACAGUUUUUCAUAGAAGAACAGUAUCAACAGCUGGUGAGGUUGCUAUCAAAACCAACAACUAAAGAAAUUUCUAAUAAUUUUGCAGGUAUAGUCUCUCUGUUAUCUGAUGCAGUAUCUAAACUCACAAAGGAUCUCUAUUGCUCGGCCACAUUCUUCCCUGAUUUGUGUACAUUUCAGGAUCUCUGCAGUGGCAGCGUGAUGGGGAUUGGUAGAGAGAACAAUGGAGAACUUCGUUACUUCCUUGGCAUAGAAAUUCUGAGAUCAAAGGAAGGGAUACUGCUCACUCAAAGAAAGUAUGCUUUGCAAUUGAUCUCGGAAGCUGGACUUGCAGCAGCCAAACCAAUCUCUACUCCCAUUGAAUUGAAUCAGAUAUUGACUACCAUCGACUAUGACAAGCAUGUAGGAGUCAAGGGGUAUGAAGAACUGGAAGACAUUGUAAGCUAUCAAAGACUUAUUGGGAAGUUACUCUACCUAACCAUUACUAGACCAGAUCUUAGCUUUGCAGUUCAAGUACUUAGCCAAUUUAUUCAACACCCCAAACAAUCCUAUUGGGAUGCAUCAUUGUGUGUGGUUAGAUAUGUGAAAUCAGCUCCAGGGUUUGGAAUUUUGCUAAGCACUGGUCCUAUCAACUACAUAUCUGCCUAUUGUGAUUCUAAUUGGGCGUCCUGCCUAAAUACUAGGAGAUCAGUCAUAAGAUAUAUCAUCAAAUUGGGUGAUUCUCUACUUUUCUGGAAGUGCAUGAAACAACAAACUGUGAGUCGAAGUUCAGCAUAG